UUUUCAUGCUUAAUCUUUUUUAUGAGUUAAAGAAAGGUGCAUUCAAUCUGGCUAGAGCUCUGUUUAAUAGAUUUAAGUAAAAAGACAUUCAAGACUCAAAAUUGAAGUAAAACUGAGCUGUGCUUUUGAUUCUUUUAUGGGUUGAUGGUAGAUUUUAAAAAUUUUCCCGUGUUUCUUUCAAGGAUUAAUGGUAGAUUAUGAUUUUGAUGAUUUUUCUAAUAGUUCUUGCUUGAGAUGUUUUUGUAUUUUGCUAUAUUGUUACAAGGUAAAAUCAUUUAUAGACAGUUUGUGUAAUAGUGAAGAUGAUGAGAUACAUCAUUGUAUUGAGAUUGAAAGAGGUGAUUUAACUGUACUUUUGAAGAAUCUGUGGAUAAUUUGGUAGCGUAAGAACAAAAAUGGAAGAGGAAAAAUACAAAGUGGGAAAUUUUUUUCUUUGAUCUGGAAGUUCGGUUGCAGCAUAUUAUUCGGUUGUUUUUUUCUUGUGCAGUAUUAGGAACAUUGUAGUCAAAAAGCCAUGACAUGUAACCUGUAGCUGCAAAAAAAUGUAUGGAGAAUUUUGUAGUAAAAAAGCCAUGAUAUGCAACCUGUAGCUGCAAAAAUGUCUCAGAGUCAGCAAGCUUUGGCUCUCAUAUCAAAUAUGAUGAAAAUUCCACCUCUAAAAGCUUUUUCAAUCUUUAACUCCAUGACUCUCCAAGGCCUCCAUCACACCCCACAGUCCAUUGUAAUAACUGUCCACCUUCUUCUCUCCUCAAAUAUGCAAUCUCAUGUUCAGUCUCUCAUUCUACAGAUAUUAUCUGGUCACAUUUUCUCUUCAGUAGUCACUCCUCACUCCUUUCUCCAUCUCUUAACAGAACAACACUUAAAUCACAACCCAACUGUUAAAUUUCAUCUCUAUGAAGCAAUUGUAAAUGCUCUUAUAAAAUCUGAGUCUGUAGAGCAAGCCCUGUUUUAUUUUAAUCAAAUGUUUGAUAAGGGUCUUGUACCCAAAUCAAACUUGUUUAAUAAUCUGUUGAGCUUUCUUAUCAAAUCUUCUUGUUUUGAGAAGAGUUGGUUGUUUUUUAGUGAGAAUAAAUGUAGGGUUAAAUUGGAUGCACAUAGUUUUAGGAUAAUGGCUAAGGGAUGUUGUGAGGCUGGCGAUUUGAAAAAGGGAUUUGAGGUUUUUAAUGAGUUGGAGGAUUCGGGUUGGCCUCCUAAUGUUGUUAUAUAUACUACUUUGAUUGAUGGGUGCUGUAAAAAUGGUGAGAUCGAUACAGCUAAAAAGUUGUUUGAUAAAAUGGGUGAGCUAGGUUUGAUUGCUAAUCAGUACACUUACACAGCUUUGAUGAGUGGGCUGUUUAAAAAAGGCCGUAAAAAGGAUGGGUUUGAACUAUAUGAGAAGAUGCAGUUUAAUGGGGUGUCACCGAACUUGUAUACUUACAAUUGUUUGAUUAAUGAGUAUUGCAAUGAUGGAAAAAUAAGUGAAGCUUUUAGACUGUUUCAUGAAAUGUGUGAAAGAGAUGUUGCUUGCAAUGUUGUUACAUAUAACACUCUUAUAGGUGGAUUAUGUAAAGUGAUGAGGAUCCGGGAGGCAGAGAGGUUAUUUUAUCAGAUGAGAAAUGCUAGUAUUAGUCCAAAUUUAAUCACAUAUAACACAAUAAUAGAUGGGUUUUGUAACGUUGGGCAGUUAGAAAAGGCUUUGACAUUCUUUGAUCAAUUAAAGUCAACUGGUCAUUCUCCAUCUAUAGUGACUUACAAUGUUCUCAUGAGAUGUUUUUCUAGAGCAGGAAAUUUACGUAGAGUUUUUGAUAUAAUUAGGGAGAUGGAGGAGAGGGGCCUAACUCCUUCUAAAGUUACUUACACAAUUUUAAUAGAUGGGUUUGCUCGAUCUGAUGAUAUGGAGAAAGCUUUUCAGAUACAUGCCUUCAUGGAGAAGGCUGGUUUGGUUCCUGAUGUAUACACCUAUGGUGUUUUGAUCCACGGAUUGUGUAUGAGGGGCAAUAUGAAAGCAGCAUCCAAACUAUUCAAAUCAAUGAGUGAGAUGCAGUUGGAGCCGAAUGAUGUUGUAUAUAAUAUGAUGAUUCAUGGGUACUGCAAAGAGGGUAACUCAUAUAGGGCCCUUAGGUUGCUUCAAGAAAUGGAUACGAAGGGACUUGUACCAAAUGUUGCUAGCUAUAGCUCCACCAUUGGUGUCCUUUGCAAGGAUGGGAAAUGGCAAGAGGCUGAGGUUUUUCUUAAUGAGAUGGUAGAGUCAGGUUUAAAACCAUCAGUUUCUAUAUAUAACAUAAUAUCGAGAGCCAAAAAAUGUUAGAUGACUGAAGAUUUCAAGCAUUUUUAUUUUCUCUCAGCAACAUGUAUGGAAACAGAGUUGGGAAGUGAUUCAAUGGGCAAAGUCAUACCAAAGCUUUUUCAGCCUCAAUGGUGAGCAACCUUGCCCCUCUAACCAGCUGCUGAAUAGAAGAUGGAGACUGUUGCAUAUUGCUGAAAGCCAAGGUAUAUAUCUAUGAUCAGAAUGUGAACAUUUGAAUUAAAGAUGAAGAAAUAUUCAAUCAGUGUUAAUGCGUGUAAUAUUAUUAUUUGAUUGGAUUAUUUGAAUAAAAGAUGAAGAAAUAUUCAAUCACAUAGUGAUAUAACAUCAUUAUAAGUGUUAGUCCUACUCAUUUAAUUAUUUAACUUCCUCAGCUUUGUUGCUCAUGUA